AUGGUCCCGUGUUCCUCCAACGCCGUUGUAAACGCAUGGGAGGAAGCUCUCGACCGCACAGCGGAGUUGCCUUUGGUCCAGUCCAAGACCUGCACGCCGUCUGGCUUGUACGGCGUGGAGGCCGAGGACGACCAGCAGCAGCAGCAGCAGCAGCAGCAGCAGCAGCAGCAGCGGCAGGGGUCGGUGGACCUGUGGUUUGAGGAAGGUGCAGCAGCAGCAGCAGCAGUUGCUGCUCCGCAGCAAGAAGAAAUGAGGGGGCCCCUGUGUCACUCUUUUGCUUCUUAUGAUGCUGCUGCUCCUGUUCUAGAGAGGCCCCCCGGUGCUGCUACUUUCGUUACCCCCCACAUUGCUGCACAA